AUGAAUUUGGAAAGAACAUCCGACAAUUCCUCUGCCCACAGUAGCGGCCAACCAUCUAAUGCGUCGGAGCAACCAUCCAUUGCCCAUCUGCAGAGUCUAGGCAUUUCCGUCAAGGACUUUGCCUUCGAUUCCACGCUGCCUGCAGUGCGCCCGUACCGUAGACAGCCCACCCAGAUCCAGCCGAGUAUACGACGUCCUCUUGUGCGGCAAUCGACUGAACCCGAUGAGGGUCUUGGCUCCCAACCCCUCAGUCAAGCGACUCAGCAUUUGGAAAGGCGGAUAACAGAGCCUGCCCCCUUACCAGCUCCUCCCGCGCGUAUGCCUGCGUACGAAGAUCUGAAUGUACAAACGACUGCCCUCGAAGGCGGACGCGUAGUGCAAAGCGACAAUGGAAACGUCUUAAACACGCCGAACAACCACUCAUUCUCCUUGAAUGUCUCUCAAGCGCGCGCAAUUUUCUCCUCUUCUCCCCUCACACCUGUACCAUCUUCGCCAUUUCCCCCCAUACUUCAAGCCAAUACUUCCUGCUCAAGUGUCGUAUUUGAUUCGCGGUCUCCUGCUAUCCCACGGGUUUUACAGCCCAGGUAUUCCUUUCGAAAGCGACCUACCCCAACCAACAUUGCUACUUCAAAACCUUCCAAGCGUGCAAGGAUUAAUACUUCAUCGGAAUCGAGCAACAAUUCGCGCACCCAAGUUGGACUUGCCACUAACAAUAAGAAAUCAUUAACCAGGCACGAUUCCAGUCCUCGCAAACGCGUCACUUCUAAGCGCUCCAGCGGCAACUCGGAAAAAGGCAAAAGAAAACGUGCAUAA